GACAUGGAAUCUUGAAAGAAGCGAUUCUGUUACGACGCUGUCAAGCAGGAUUACGGAGAGAAGAACGGGAGGAUGAUUAGAAUCGGAGUGGUGUGGUGUAUGUUGAUAGGGGCACAUGGGUUUAUCUACGACUCUUUUCAUUUCGGAUGUCGACCCAUCACAAUGUUCUGCCACUUGUCAUGCGCGAACGGAUACGAGAAGGACGGCUCAGGAUGUGACAUAUGUCACUGCAAAGGCGUGGACACACACCUCCUAAUAGGGGAUGGCAACCAUCAUCACAUCCAGAACGCCUGUAUCCCCUCGCAGCAGAAUUGCCCUUUGAACUGUGAAUAUUACGUCAAGGGAGGAACCGGAUGUGAAUUCUGCAUGUGUGACAAUUCUCACCACAAUACAAAUCAGCCAUCCUCCACCCAAUCAACAGCGGCCUCAACCUCAACAAAAGCAGCGACCUCUACAACAGCAUCAGCGACAUCUACUUCCGGUCAGACCGGCGCCACCACUCAUGAUCCAAUCGACUGCGAGCUUACAAAGCAAGUUUGUGACGAGAGGUGUCAUGGCGAAUAUCUCAUUGACCACAAGGACUGUACAUUUUGCGUCUGUAAAUCUGACCUCGGUUAGGUAUGGAUGUACAAGUCAUAUAUCAUACAGAGUGUGAAAGGGACGAGGGAACAAACGCGUGCAUGAGAGGAACCAAUCAAAACAUUUUGUAUAUUUCUAAAGAAAUAAAACAUUAAUCGGAGUAAA